AUGAAAUUAAACGAUCAAAAAAGCAACAGUCAAUUAACUAUCUUUCCCUAAGCUUACAAUACAAAUAUGACUGCAGCAUAUAAAUACUUAUCAAGAGAGUCAAGUGUAAUUAAAAAUGAUAAAUCAAUUUUAAAAUCUCCAUCAUCUAACUAAUUAUAUUGUGCAUCAAAUAGAGGGAGUGACAAGAAAGUGAGAAUUUAGGAAUCUGCAUCUAAAGGUUCAAUACAAUUGAAAAAUACAACUUAAUUUGGUCGAACAUCUACUGAAUUAAUUUAAGUUCCUCCUAUGAGAAGUCUUAACAGAGAGGAUAGAGAAAAACUGAUAGCUACUCUAAUUUAAUAGGUUAAAUAGUAGAAUUAAUUAAUUAUAUAAUUGGAAGAUAAAGCAUAGUAAUAGGCAGAACAAUUAGAUGAGUUAAAUCUUUAUAAUGAGAAAUAUGAAUAAAAAGAGAAAUGUUAUGGAGAGAUAAUUUAAAAUUAAAAUAAAAUAAAUUAAAGAAGUAAAAUAAUUAAAGAUAUUCAUUAGUUUAAUAGAUAGCAUAGCUAAGAGAAUUGGAUUAUAAAUAAACAAAUGAUCAUUUAGAACUAUUGAAUUAAAUAUAUGAAGAUGAGGUUGAUAUGGAUAUGGCAAUUAAAUGGAGAAAUGCUAGAUUGAAAUUUAAUUUCUUGGAUGCUUUAUAGAAGGCUACAAAAUAUUCUAAAAAAUUAAAUCAUAUUCUUUUUAGAAAAUAGAAUCAAUAAUUGAAAGAAUGUUUUCAGGGAUGGAAAUGUUAUAUUCAAAAUAAAGCUUUAUUGAUUUAAUUUAAUGAAGUUAAAAAAUUAAGGAUUUUAAUUAAUUUCUGGAUGAAAUGGAAACAAUAAGUGGAAGAUAAAAAAUAAUAUUAAAAGAAUCUUAAAAUAUCAAUUCAGUUUAAUCAUUAAAAUUUAUAAAAAAAAUGUUUUGAAAAAUUGAAAUAGAAUUAUCUUAAAUAUAAUUUUAAUCUAUAAGAUUUUUAAUAAAUUACUUAAUCUGCUAUAAAUGAAUUUAAUAGAAUCAAAAUGUUUAAAGUAAAAAUCAAAUAUUAUUAUAGGUUUUUAGUUAAUGGACUCUCUGGAUUAAAAAGUAGAAUUAGAAAUAGUAAAUUAUUUAUUAACAUAUAAAUAAUGGACGAAUUAAAAUAAUGAAAGGACUAAUAAAAUUUUUGAAAUAGAAUUGUGAUUUUCAUAAGGAUAGAGCUAAUAAAAUAGUAAAAUAAAGAGUUUAGGGGAAGUUAAAGAAAUUGUUUAAUUAAUUUAAAUAAAAUUGGAAAUAAAAUAAAUAUAGAGAGAAUCAAAUUAAAUUAAAUAGAAAUUUCUUUAUAAAAUAAAGACAAUUUAAAUAAUGGAUAAGAGAAUAUUAAAUUUUCUCUAGAUUAAAUCAUAUAAGUAUUAAAGUUAUGAAGAAGAGAGAAACUUAAUUCUUAUAAAGAUGUACUUUAGUUAAUUUUAUUAUAGUAUUCAAUUCUAUGAAAAAUAAUGCAUAUUUUAGAAAAAUGAAGAGAUAAAAUGAAAUAUUGUUAAAUAAGAAAUAUGACAAUAGAAUUAUGAAUUGGGCAUUUAUGCAUUGGUUAAGCAAUCUCUUAAAGAAAAAGAAUUUAUUGGUAAAGGAGUAGAAUGUAGUCAUUUUGAAACAAAAGGACAUAGAUUAUUAAUAAUAAAAUGAUGUAUAGAACUUAAAAUAAAUGUACGAUAGUGUCUAAUAGUAAUUGGGAAAUUAGGAAGAGCAAAUUAAUAAUUAUAAAAUUUUAAUAUCUAAUCAAAAAGAAGUAGAACAUGAAUUAUAAAUGCAAUAGUAAUAGAUAAAUAAAUAAUUAGUGAUUAUUUGAAAUAAGAAUUAAUGACAACAAAGGAUCAAUUGAUACAUUAUUAGAUUGAAGGAGAUGAAAUAAGAAUUUUGAAAGAAUAGUAUACAUUAGCAUAAUAAUAAUUGAAAGAGUUAAGGAUGUAAUAAAGAUGUAAUAUUCAAAUUUCAUAUAAUUAAGUGGGAUCUCCAAUUAGAAAUUUAUAGAGUAGUGGAAUUAAUGUAGAUUAAGAUCAAUUAAGAAAACAAGUGGAGAUAAGUUCUACAUUACUGAAUGAUUAGAAAUAAGAGUACAAUUAAUUAUAGAUGGAAUAUUCAAAAGUAGUUGGAGAUUAUGAAAAGAAAAUUAAAGACAUAGAAAAAUAUUUUGUGGAUUUAUGUGACAAAUAAAAAUUAUAGAUAGAGAGAUGUAAUUAAACCAACAUAUGGUAGUGUUGAAGGAGAAUUAAACUAUUAAAAUAGAAAAUCAGUAGAAUGUUGUUUCUAGAAAUAAAUUAAUGGAUGAAUUAAAUAUGAUACAUGAGUCUUUUAGAGAAGAGAUCCCAUAAUAAUAAAAUCGUACAAAUUUUUAGACUCAAGAUUCUUACGAAUAAUAAUAAUAAUUUGUUCAAAAUAGAAGAUUAAAGUCACAUUUAUAUAGUCAGACAUCACCAAUCUCUGAAAAUUAAUAUUCUCAAAAUUCUCCAUAAAAAUAAGUAUAGAUUGAAGAUAGGUAUGUAUAAUAUAUUAUGAUUAUCAAGAAGGAUAAAAGAAGAAGCAUAUCAUUUAAGAGAAGACAUAAAAAGACGAUUGGCUUCUUUAAAGACACAGAUGGAUUGUUAAGUGUGA